CAAAAACUUCCGAGUGUGGGAAAGUCCGAAACGCGCGAAGCGCUUCUGUCAUGGCUGCCAUGAAUGAAGAUGAGAAAUUACGCUCCCUCCUCGCCUCUCCACGCAGCUGGCUUCGCCAUCUCAAUAGCUCAACUCUCCAAUCUCUCUCUAAGAUUUUCUCUCUCUUCCCCAACUCUCCUCUCUCUACACCUCCCGCUAAGAAAACCUCCUCCCCUUCUGCGAACCCUAGUUCCUCUCAUCUUCUCAUUCCUGGAACUGAGAACCACGGUAAGGCUUCUGAUUCUCUCACCAUUAGUUCUGAUCAUUUGAAGAGUACUUCUUCGGAGCAAUUUCAUGAACCUGAAAAUUCUUUGAAUCUUGAGAGAGGAUUGGGAUCUACUGAUGAUCUCGAUGACACAGUUUUUGGAUCAAAUGGCGAUUUUUGUGCCAUUGAUUUGCUGGAAGGGGUGGGACAAUGCCCUAAUGGGAGUUCGAUUUUGCAGAAUAAUGUAGUUGGUUUGUCUGGAGGAGGCCUGGAGCAUUGCCCCAAUGGGAAUUUGAUUAGGCAGAGUGAUGAUGAACUGGUUCAAGAUACACAGCUUCUGAUUUCUUCUGGUUCUUGUGCGAGGCCUAUUAUUACAGAUUGUUCUAAAUUAGAAACUUUUGAGAAAAGAAAUGGGCCUGUUGCAUCAACUUUAGUUGAGGAGCUUGAAGAUGGAGAGGUUCCUGUUUCCCCUAUUGGUUCUCAUCCUGAGCAAAAUGGUCAUGUUACCCUGCAAUUAUAUGCAUCGGGUUCUAGGACUCUUUUAGAGAGAGAUGGACUUUCUAAACUUUUAGAUGAUCUCAAAGAUUUCCAUGAUCCAUCUCUCUCUAAAGAACUGAAGACUGACGCAGUUCAGGGACAUGAUCUCAUUUCUAAUGAAAGAAAUGAGAUAGUUGCAGUAGAUUCACCUUGCAAAGCUGAAUGCAAUAAUAGUUCAAAAACUUUGGAGGAUUGUGGAUCUUCCAAAUGCUUGGAGGUCAUUGAGGACAUGGAACUGGAAGAAGGACAGAUAUCUGGAGAAUGGAUGCUUAACAAUGCUUUAGACCUUGCUUGUAUUGAAUCCGAGCAGUUAAAGAAAGAUAAAGAAAUAGUGGUUUCCACUUCUAUGGGUUAUACGUAUGGGGUAUAUUUACUGCCAUCUUUUAGUGAUAACGAGAAUAUUAAUGGAGGAAAUUCAAGCAGCAAGGGAAAUUGUCAAAAAUCUAAGAAGAAGAGUUCUAAUAAAAAGGGUAGUGGUAAAGGAACUUUUGAUGAUAAAGUGAUGAAUCCAGGUUUGUUCAGCAAUGCAUCCAAGGAAAUUGUCACUCAAUAUGGGGCGGCAUCAAGAAGUAAGGAUGCUAAAGAAAGUAGAAAGAGGGGAAAGCAUGGCCCUUUAACCGAAGAAAGAAAAGCAAAGAAAAAGUUGGCAAAGAAACGGCAACGAGCGAAAAAGAACAAAGAGCUUGGGAUCAAAAGGCUGAAAUUGAUGCCAGUAACAAAAGCUAAACCAGUGGUUUUAUGCCAGUUCUAUAUGAAAGGACGGUGCAACCUGGGUCUGUCGUGCAAAUUUUCACAUGAUACUAUUCCGUUGACAAAAUCGAAGCCUUGCAAGUACUUGAUUAGCAAUUCGUGCUUAAAAGGGCAAGACUGCCCUUACGACCACGACCUUUCUAACUACCCUUGUCGAGUUUUUGUUGCAAAUGGUACCUGUCUCAAGGGCGAUAAAUGUCCCUUCUCACACAAGAUGCCUCCACCUGAACAACUGUCUCAGGUUUUGUCUUGUGUACAAGAGACUCAUACACCUGACAGUAAAACAAUACCAGAGGAAAAAUUGAAUACAAGUGGUUCCUUGAUCGGAACUGGCCACAAGGAGUGGGCAUGGGGUAAGCCAUUCACACCCCCUGCAGAAGUACCAGAAGGGAUAACGUUUUUCUCAUUUGGAAAUGCGCCAAAUAAUAACAUAAAGCAGCAAACAAGGCCAUCACCACCUCUUGAGGAUCAAGGUCACCUGGAUAAAUAUAUGCAGUGUGUCGGAAUUUUUGCAAAUGAACAUCUCAAGACUUUGAUGCCUGAAGGAAAUGAAUCCCAGAAUUCUCUAGCUAUUCAUAAAUCAGUUUCCAGAAAACUGGCUUCUAAAGAUAAAUAUGAGCCUGAGCGUAUGGUGGGUCAAUCAAAUCAGGGCUCAUCUUUUCAUACUGGGGUUAGUAACAUGAUCAAGUCCAGCAGUGAAAGUCUUUCAAGUACACCAAUAAAUGCAGGCAAAAACAGUAAUUUAUCUAAGAACGCUUCGCAAAUUUUGGAGGAGUUUUUGUUUAGUGGCACUCAGCUAUGAGAAACCAAGUCCCCUGGUUGAAACAAAUGCUAUGGGAUUCCUCUGUCUAGUUGUGGAUACUGAUCUAAAUUGCCUGGGGAUCGGUCUCUAUGAUGUUGAUUUAGAGUUUGUGAAACCCUAAAAGCAAUGAUUCUAUGAGGUAACAACAAAAAGGGUGACUCAUUGAAGUUUCCUUGAGGGGGUCCCCUAAUGUACAUGGUUUCAUUAAGCUGGAAAUAGAUAGCUUCAUCCACCAUUGAUAAGGUGACUUUUGGUGGGACAGUUUGGCAACUUCACUCUUGCUCGUGUAGGUUCUACUAAUAGCUCAAAACUUGUGUGGGUUAUACUAAUGGCUCAAGUAAAAGCAGAGACUGAGUUAAUAAUCCUCAAAGGAAUUCAGCUUGAUUAAGAGAAGAAUUUUGGAAGUUGUGGAUGUCUAUUGAUUUGUAAGUAGAGCACCCACCUGGGACGGAAUUUCAAAAAAGAAGAGUUAUGCAUGUUAAUUUAUCUGUUUCCAUUGCUUUAUUUUCCCACAUGAUUUUAGGGAAGGGAAUAUCUUGGCAUUGGCUUCUAUAGUGCAUUCUAUGCACUAUAGAUGCUUGAGGAUUCGUCCCUGGUUUUCAACAAACAGGUGGCUGCUUGAGAGACCUAUAAUCCAAGCCUUCCCAAACCUCUAUGCACUGGUAAUUGAUUACAAUGAAACAGUUAUGGAUGAUGUUUCUUUGUCCAACCAAUGAGUUGUGAGGAAUGUAGCGCUACACUAGGGCAUACAGAACGAAAUUGCAGCCCUUGAGAUACUCCGACAAAGCGAAAUUCAGCCUUGGUGUGAAAAUCUGGUAAUCUAGGAGCCGGAGUCUCACAGUGUGUUCUUGCUAAAGUCAUUUAAUCACAUGCUUACAUGUUCCAACUCCCCAUAUUAACUGGUUACUAUUUUUGGACCUCUCCUAGUUCUCGCAUGUUACGAGUGUUUCCUGGCUUGCAGAACAAGGUAAGGUCCUUGCCAUUGGACCACCUAAGAUGUAGAUGGGCAUGUAAUACAAAUGUUUAUCUUUUGUUCAAGCGAGACAGAGGUAGCAUUUGAUCACUUUAUCUGCAGUUUCCUUGGGAAAAUUUUUGCUGUUGACUUUCUCUGCUGUUCCCAUACUGGAGAAAACUACAGUGUAGGUGAAAACGUGACUUUCCUAAGUUUAUGCGGUUAUCAAAUGCCACUAGAGUCGAUAAGCAUUUGUUCGUUCA